AUGUCUCUCCCAAAUAUCUCUCGUGAAUAUCGCAGCCAGGGUGAUGGCCACCAGAAUUUGAAGCUUCAAUCAGCGUCUCUCUCUAAGCCAAAGGCUACGGAAGCGACUAUCAAAAUCCACGCAGUGUCCUUGCAGUACCGUGACCUAAUGGUCUCCAAGGGGCUUUACCCACAGCAAAAGACUGACAUCAUUCCUUGCUCUGAUGGAGCAGGCGAAAUUGUUGCAGUUGGGCAAGAUGUCAAGGGGUGGAAAGUUGGAGAUCGCGUCUGUCCUAACUUUGCAGUGAAUCAUAUUCAUGGCGACGUUACUGAAGAGAUCAAAUUAACCGGACUUGGUGGCCACAUUGAUGGCGUGCUCCGGGAGUACAUCAACGUCCCCGUUCACUCCUUAGUCCGCAUCCCAGAACAUCUUUCGUAUGAAGAAGGGUCGACUCUUCCAUGCGCGGCCUUGACGGCUUACAACGCUUUUCUUGGACCCGUCCCCCUUAAGGGCGGCGACUACGUCCUCGCUUCUCGGUACCGGUGGAGUAUCAAUCUGUUAGUUUCGGCGCCCAACUCGCCCUUGCUUCUGGUGCAACCUGUCAUCCUUACAUCGUCUUCCGAUGAGAAAUUGCAAGUUGCAAAGAAACUGGGCGUGCAGCACGUCAUUAACUAUAAAAAGAACGAACAAUGGGACGAAGAAGUUUUGAAGAUCACCGGCGGCCGUGGAGUUGACCACAUCAUCGAAGUCGGAGGGCCCAAUACUAUGCUGAAGUGUAUGAAUGCCGUACGCUAUGCAGGUUGGAUCCACAUCAUUGGCUUUGUAUCCGGGGGCAACAACGGCAUUCCUAUAGGCCUUGCCAUUCAGAAAGCAAUCUUCCUCCGCGGAAUUUUGAUUGGCUCCGUAAAACAGUUCGAGGACAUGAACCGACUCAUUACAGCGCAUAGAAUUCGCCCAGUGAUAGACAAAGUAUUCUCUUUCGAGGAGGCUACUGACGCCUAUGCGUACCUCGACAGCCAGAAACAUGUUGGAAAGGUCGUAAUCAAAUUGGCGUGA